AUGCCAAUAGUACGGGAAGAAACCCAGCAACAGGCAUCGGUCAAUGUCGAGAAAAUGGCAUCGUCUUUACCGCCAAUGCUUGCAAGCAAAGCGCCUCAAGUCACAAUUAUGCAUCCACAGGGAGAAUCAGGGAAGGGUGAAGAAAUAAGAGGGUUAGUGGCUACGAUGCGCAUGCCGCAAGCCACCCUUCCCAAGUUUAAAGGACAAGGGCGGGCGGAGUUUUGGACCUUUAUGCAUGCCUUCCGUCGAUACAUGACAAGUGCGGCUGUGCCAGAGAAGUGCAAGUACCAACUGCUCAUGGAUGCUUGUGAAGGAGAAGAGUUACAUCAAGCAAUCAUGGGAUGCGACUAUCUAGAGCCAGACAAAGCCUUCAACAAGGCAAUCAAGAUCCUGGAGGCAAGGUUUGGAGAUAAGUAUGCAUAUGCGGACCAGCUGGUGAAAAGGCUCAUAGACGCUCGCUCAGUGGGGGCGUUCGACGGCGAAGGGCUGCAAAAACUGGCAUCUCAGUUAUGGGGUACAGUAAGCCAUCUGGAGAAUCUGAACUUGAUGUCUGAACUUAAAUCAAGGCAGACCUUCAGAACGCUGGUGAUUAAGUUUCCCCCCAAAUUGAGGGAACGUUGUGUGGAUGAUGUACGGAAUUAUUAG